GCGUUCCUCUCUCGUUCUGGACUACAACUCCCAGGAUCCUCCAGGAGGGCAGAAAGGGACCCCCACGUUCAAUGCACGUGGCUUCAAGCCUUGGGCAGACGUUCCUACUCAACCGUCGGAGCUGUGGCAAUGGCCCCCGCCAAGAGCAAGGAGAAGAAGGCCAAGCGGAGCCACAAGGUCCUGAACCUGCAGGAGAAGCUGGAGCUGAUCCAGCUGAGCGAGUCGGGGCUCUCCAUGAGCGAAAUCGGGCGGCAGCUGGCCGUCCCUCGCUCCACGGUCAGCACCAUCGUGAAGAACAAGGCCAAGGUCCUGUCCGAGAUCAGGAACGCCACUCCGAUGCACGCCAAGGUCAUCCGGAAGCAGGGCAGCCUCAUCGCCGAGAUGGAGAAGGUCCUCCGCGUCUGGAUCCAGGAGCAGGCUGGCCGCAACGUCCCCCUCAGCACCCGCCUCAUCCAGGCCAAGGCCCUGAGCCUCUUCCACAAAAUGAAGGCGGAGAAGGGGGAGAUAGCGGCGGCAGAGAAGAGCUUCCAGGCCAGCAAGGGAUGGUUCAACCGCUUCAAGGCCAGGUCCAACCUGCGUAACAUUUGCAAGGAGAAGCCGCCUGCGCAGGGACCCGGUUUGCAAGGAGAAGCCGAUGGGGUGGACGCCGCAGCCGCAGCCACGGAGAUGUAUCCCGCAGAGCUGGAAAAGAUCAUAGAAGACGGUGGGUAUACCAAACAACAGGUAUUCAAUGUUGACGAAACGGCCCUAUAUUGGAAGGGAAUGCCAGCCAGGGUGUUUAUAGCGAAAGAAGAGGAGUCUGUGCCUGGAUUCGAACCCACGGAAGAGAAGCUGACGCUUUUGCUGGGGGCGAAUGCGGCCGGCGACUGCAAGCUAAAGCCGAUGCUGAUAUACCAUUCAGAGAACCCCAGGGCCCUUAAGAACUAUUUAAAGUCCAGCCUUCCCGUUUACUACAAGAGCAACGCCAACGCCUGGAUGACGGCUGACUUGUUUGCGACGUGGUUCUCCGAUUACUUCAAGCCUACGGUUGAGGCUUAUUGCAGGGAACAGAGCAUCCCCUUCAAGGUCCUUUUGCUUGUGGACAAUGCGCCAGGCCACCCUCGCGCGCUGGCCGACUCCUUCAAGGAAAUCCAAGUCGCCUUCAUGCCGGCCAACACGUCUUUCUCACUGCAGCCAAUGGAGCAAGGUGUCAUUUCUGCCUUCAAAUCUUAUUAUCUCAGGAGGAGUUUUGCAAAGGCGGUAGCCGCAAUAAGCGAUUAUGUUUCUGAGGGGCCAAAGCAAAACAAACUCAUAGCUUUUUGGAAAGGCUUCACUAUUUUGGAUGGCAUUAAGACCAUUAGAGAUGCCUGGGAGGAAGUCAGAGACACCACUUUGAGAGGUGUUUGGAAGAAGCUCCUUCCCACAUUCGUGGAUGGUUUCGAAGGCUUGGAGGAUCCAGUGGAGGAAAUCAUUUCGGAUGUGGUUCAGAUGGCAAGGGAACUAGAACUGGAAGUCCACCCUGAAGACGUUGCAGAAUUCCUCAGGCCGCAUGACGAAGUCCUAAUAGAUGGAGAUUUUCUGAUAUCCGAAGGGCAGAGAAGGUUUUUCAGAGAACAGGGAUCCCUGCCUGGCGAAAUGGCUCAGCCCAGGGUACUGACCACUAAAGAACUGGAAGAAGGGAUCGCCAAAGUGGAGGACGCCAUUGCAUUUUGGGAAAGGGUGGACCCCAAUUUCGAGAGGAGCUCCAAAGUCAAUAGGGGCUUGCAAAACCAAAUAGCCUGUUACAGAGAACUCCUUAGAGAAAGGCGAAGGAUGUCAAUGCGGCAAACAUCCUUGCUUUCCUGUUUCAGGGCGCCACCUCCCCAGUCCUGGUUAGUCACCCCCUAUAACCCUUCAGAUUCAGAGCCCUCAACGUCAAUGGGCGAAUCGACCCCUGGGAGGUCCCCCUCAAAAUCCCCCUCCGGAAAAAGAAUGAGGUUGAAUGAGAUAAAGUACGAGAUUGAAGUUUCCAUUGAUGAAGCCGAACUAUCUCCUUCUGACUUUCUUGAAUAAAUCACUAUCUUUCAUCCACGUAUGUAAGAAUCAAAAUAUUUAAAGAGAGAAGAGCAGCCAGGCACAGCAUCAUUGUUCCUGGGUCCAGCGGCUGGCGAAAGACCCUCCUUCCGUGUUCCAAUUGCCUUUGCUCUGGCAUUUGAGGGAGAGAAGAGCAGCCAGACAUAGAACCACCAUUCAUGGACCCAGUGGUUGGUGAGAGACCCUCCCUCCAUGUUCCAACUGCCUUUGCUUUGGCCUCUGAGGGGGAGAAGAGCAGCCAGUAUCUGCUGAACUUAAUCCCCAUCCCACUGCCAUCCCCUCUUCUUGGUAUGUCAUGUCUUUUUAGACUGUAAGCCUGAGGGCAGUGGACUGUCACAUUUGUAAGCUGGUUUGGCAGCCUUUUUGGCUGAAGGGUGGGGUAUAAAUGCUAUCUUCACCAGCAAGGGCUCCUAUUCAGCUUUUUUUGGAGAGGUUCUCAGAAGGAUUGUUCCUCCAGUGGCAAGUUGGUGGCUUCCAUAUCAGUGGAAGAGGCAAACCUGUUCUGGGUUUGGCUCUAUACUUUCACCGAAGGACUCAACAUGGCCAACCUUCCCCCCGUCCCCCCAUAGGUUCAGCAAACUAAGAAGCUCUUUUAAUGUUUGUACAAGAAUCCACACAGGUUUGCUAUCAUCCUAUUGACAAAGAAAGAGCAGUUGCAGCUGCAGCCACAUUAGCAAGCCCUCCUCAAGAGCUUCCAUCUUUACCUCUUGCAGGACGGCUGGGGCCCACUUGCCCAGGCUGCUGUUGGCCGGAUCUGGGACAUUGGGCCAGAAUUGUGUCUUCAUCCUAUAGGACACAAAAGAGAGAAAUGUGGUGAGUGGGUAUCCCAGGGUCCAAAUCGGGGGGUUACAGGUGGGCAAGCUUUUGGCCCCCAUCUCUCCUUGGGUGGCAUAUAGCAAUGAGUGAUGAGUCAGAGCUGUGAACUGUUUAGUAGCUGCUGGUGGCUGCAGUGUUAGUGGGUUGGUGUAGCCAUUCCAGGUUUUGGCUAAUGCCAAGGAAACUGUCCUAAGAUGCUAAAUGCAAGUCACUAGGUCCAGCACUCUGGAGAGGUAAUCCCUUAAUGAUGGGGUUUAGUGCCUUGGGCAACUCUUUUAAAGCAUAAGUUAAAAUCUGGAGAUUUUAGCCACUGCCAGGAGACAGUGGGCUUGACCAGGUCUAUUGUCACCCCUGCCCCAGGCAAUGCCUUCUCUCAGAUCCAUCCGCUUGUGACCAAAGCAUGCAAAAUCUUUUACCACCUGCAAAAGUAGAUAGUUGUUACAAGGCUAUUCUGCUCAAUCGUGGUAGGGACCAUUCCAUUGAAGCUUCAUUCCCUGGUUUGUUGAGCAGGCCCAUUCACAAGGAAAGAAGCCACCAGGUAUAUCUCAAACCUUGGUGCCAGCGGGGCAUUUCCUCUCCAACUUUGUGAGUAUGUGCUUUUAAGUUGCCUGCUGACUUAUGGUGACCUCAUGAAUUUCAUGGGGUUUUCUUAGGCCAGGAAUACUCAGAGGUGAUUUUGUCAGUUCCUUCGUCUGAAAUAGAGCCCACCACACCUGGGAUUCUCUCAUGGUCUCCAAUCCAAGGAACCAACUAGGGCUAACCCUGCUUAGCUCCCAAGAACAGACAGGAUCUGGUGUCUUUUUGCAAGUUAAAUAGGUUAAAUAGUGGAUUUGCAGGAAGGAAGUUCCUCCGAAAGAGUUAAAGUCCCCGUUCCUGUUGUGAAUUUUGAUCCAUCACAACAACCCCUCUCAUCAACUCUGUUUGCAUUUGUAUAUUUUCCCCAUGCCUUGUCUACCUAAUGUUCUUCCUAACUAAUUCUGUUUUGCUUUUGUAUUAGGAUUUUAUUAUGGUUUCUGACCAGUGGAAUACAAUUUCCUUACCAAAACUGUUCCCUUAUGGAUCACUGUCCUCAAGUCUUUUCCCUAAGUACCCCUCUGUACCUCUUUUUCUGUUUGGGAGGUAGGUGGGUGGUGACCCAAACAGUAGAGCCCAGCGCUCUGCUUCCCUAGCAGUCCAUUUGCAGCGUGUAACUCCUUCCAACACUCACCGUUUG